GUUAAAGUGUGUGGCAGAGCAGAGAGCGUCCAGUGACCAAGCCAUGACCGGCAGCCACACACUCACAUAGCAGUUUUGUUUGGAAUCAGUCAUUGGGAUCAUCUUCUGGUUGGAUCAAUACAUUUGUCGCUAUUGUUUUUGGGGAAAAGACCAGACAGAGACUCCUGUCAUUGCCUCCUGGAACGCCUGAAACAUGGCACAGCUCCAGAGUGUGCAGAAGAAGACCAGCACCAUGUCUCUGACCAUCUCCUCCUCUUCCACUGCAUCCUCCUCUCGAGAGCUCUCCUCCCUCUCCUCCAGCUCGUCGUCCUCCUCCAGCUUCCUCGCCCAGAGACACUCCAGCCUGGUGCAGCCGCUGUGUGUCAGCCCUCAGACGACUCAGAGUCCCAUCUACAAUCAGCAGUAUUCAGGGACUGGAGUGGCUCCUACUUUUGUUAAGUGCCUCCAUGAUGUGUCCACAGUGAACGGUCAGCUGGUGGUGCUGGAGUGCAGACUGAGGGGAACUCCACCCCUGCAGGUCAUGUGGUACCGAGAGGACGAACAAAUCCUGGACUCCGAUGAUUUUAGGAUACUGCGCAAGAAGGCCAGUUCUGCAUCAGUGCCAGAGGAGCUAUGCACACUAGUGAUCACAGAGGCUUUUCCUGAAGACUCAGGCCUGUUUAAAUGCGUCGUCAUCAACCCCUUUGGCACCGUCUCCUGCUCAGCCAUUCUGGAAGUUUACAACGACCUGGAGGAGCAGCAGGAAAUGGAGGUCAUACGUCACCAGGAAGCUUUUUCUGUCAGAAAAGAAGAAGAGUCGUCCAGGAAGAUCAGUGAGGACUUUCCUCCUGUGCUGCCCGACUGUGUGAACCUGCCUCCUCCUGAGUGGCCCGAGAGCCCUCCGGAGGACAACAUCCCUGUUGCAGAUUUCCCGGAGCCUCAGCCGGCCAACCACUCCUCUGAAGAACCAUUUGGUCGUAGCGAGGAGGAGAGUGCCUUCAGCUCAGAGGGGCAUAGGUCACCGGAGGUCAUUGUCCAAGCCUGUACGCCCAGCCCUCCACCUCCACCCUCACCAGAACAAGUCAAGGAGAAAGCCCAGACAACCAAGCUGUUUACCCCAAGCAAGCUCACUUUCACAUCCUCCCAGUCAGGAGGCAACAACAUGAACCUGUCGGACCUCCCGAGCUUCACUCCCAGCGCUUUCCCUCCCAGUGCCUUCAACUAUGAGCGACCGAGGCAUUUUAUUCAGUCGCAGCCGGCCUUCCAGGCACCCAGCUAUGAAAGUGUGCUGAGGGAGGCCCAGGAGAACCAGAACAACUCCCAACAGAACCUCAGCAGUGCCCAGAGUAGUCAAAAUGUUGUGGAGACACAGAUUCAAAAUAAACCUGUCUCGACACAUAGUCAGUCAUUCUCUCAAACUCAGUCCAUGUCAAAGUCUGUGUCUCAGACUCAGUCACAAUUUCAAUCACUGAGUCUCAGUCAGAAUCAAACCCAGUCGGUGUCCCAGGCACAGAUCCAGACUCAGGCCAACGGAACAGGGAAGUCCUCCCCAUCCUCCUCCAGCCUCAGCUCUCCUAUUACUACCCCUGCAUCCUCCACUGCACCUCCUCUUCCCACUGCCAACCCUUUACUCAGCCCUUCUGCCACCACCUCCUCCUCACCCUUCCCAGCCUCCUCAUCCACCCUCCCUCGCACCACCAUGCGCUCCACCAUCACCCUCACCCCCACCCCCAGCAACCCCAGUGCCACAGGUCUGGGCAGCGCCACCUUGCCGGCUAACCAGGACUCCCUUUCAGCCUCUGCUGCCUACCUCUGCUCAGUCCUGCCCUCCCAGUCCCCCUUCUCCCCUCUCUCCUCCAAACUGUCCCCCAACUCCAGCCUUCCCCAUCCCUCCCCAUCCCGCUCCCCACAGGCACCCUCCAGCCCUCUCCUCCCCAUGAGGGCCUCCUCCUCUCCAUCCUCCCUCCCUCACCAACCUCUCCCAGUGUCCCCCUCCCUCCCUCGCUCCCCUCUCUCUCCUCCCUCCUCCUCCCCCUCUCUCCCACAACCAAACACUCCCAACAGUCAGAACAGGGUCCCACCAGCUGUGGUCUCUCUGCCCGCCAGCUAUAAAGGGACGCCAAGCAUCCUUCCUAAACCCAUCCUGAAGAAGUCUGUGGCUCCUCGACCUUCCUCUUCUCGCUCCACAGAUGAAGAUAUCCAGGGCUCCAAAGACGCCCUGAUUCAGGAUCUGGAAAAGAAGCUUCGCUCAAAGGAGGCCAGGAGGAGAAACAACCAGAAACUAUCCUAUGAGGAGCGUAUGGCUCGCAGGCUGUUGGGUCCAGACAACGCUACCUACAUGUUUGACCAAGAUAAUCUUUCAGACUCACAACUCGACCAGCCAGAAUCACCAGAAGGAAGACACACAGGUGGACUAUGGGGGAGGCGCCACUCAGGGACAGACGAGAGGGGUAAUGAGGGAUCAGCUAUCCAGGAGAAAUGUUACGCUCCUCGCUUUCUGCAGAUCCCCCCAGACCUCACAGUAGAGGAGGGACGCUUCUGUAGGAUCGACUUCAAGGUUGGAGGUCUCCCAACACCAGACUUGUGCUGGUACCUGGACGGUAAAGCCAUUCGUCCAGACGACUACCACAAGAUGUUGGUGUGUGAAAAAGGGAUGCACUCAUUCAUCAUAGAGAUUGUCACAGUGCAUCAUGCCGGCGUAUACGAGUGUGUGGCCAGAAACCGAGCCGGGGAGAGCAGAUUCACCAUGAGGCUCGAUGUAUUAGCUCAGGAAGUUCUCCGUCCUCCCACCUUCGUCCAGAAGAUGUUGAACUCCAGAGCUCUAGAGGGCGACACUGUUAGGUUAGAGUGUAAAGUGGAUGCUUCUCCUCCUCCGCAGCUUUUCUGGAAGAAAGAUAAAGAUAUGCUGCGCAUUGACCCCAACAGAAUGAGUCUGUACCAGGACGGCUCCGGCCGGCAGUGCUUGUUGAUAGAGAGGCUGAUGAAGUCCGAUGCUGGCUGGUACACUCUCUCUGCCAUUAAUGAAGCCGGCAUGUCCACAUGCAACGCCAGGCUGGAUGUCGGCACUCGUACGACCCCGGCCAUGAAAACGGCGCCCCCUGGCUCCAAGACCCUGAAGCUGCUGUCGUCUCUGAGCCACGUUCCUGCUCUGACGGUGGAGAGUCCGGCCCAGCACACUGCCCCGCUGUACGAGAGUGAAGAGCUGUAGGCCCAAACACCCGCACCCUCCAUUAACCACCACCUCUGAACUGAAUAACUGGGCUGUAACGUCAGGGCAGAAACAGCUCCACACAUGAGCACAGAUUAGUAGCAUCGCAGCACACAUCUCAGAAUAGUUUAGAACAGACUUCAUUCAACCAUCAAAACGGGUUGAAAGGCAGACAAGCUUUGCCAAACUUUCAACACUGAGGUUACAGUAUGUGAAAAUAUAGUAACUGACAAUAACACGGUCAACAGAAAUGUUCCUCCAUCCUCCAGAGGUUUAGUGAUAUUCACAACUGCUCCUUUAAAGGUCGUUUUACCUUUAAGAACACUUUGGAGCCACUUUGUUCAGCCUUGUCCAUAGUUCAGGACUCUUCAUGCUGUCCAUCUGCUGCUGUUUGUCUGCUGUCCCUGCCUUUCUGUCUCUGCCUGUCUGUUUGUUGUUUGAUGAGCCUUUAAGUCUCCCUGCUCUGCUUCACUUUCUCCUGCCUGUCCCAGAAUGCUGUGCCUCGGUCACGGAUGUAUUAAUAGACCUGGGUAUGGGUGGCAGAGGCAGCCCCGGUGCCAGGUUUAGUCCCAGGGGCCAACCUUAAUACUGCAGCACAAGCUCCUGUAGUCCAUGUUCCCAUUAACGUUAGAACAGUGAUGACAGAACAAAUGUGCUGUUUGUUUUGAAUGAGGAUUUAGUAUUUGUACGCCUUUACUAGCGCCAAGAAAAGGCAAAGUCUGUGGUACAAGCGGACCGAGCCAGAGAAAGGACGCUAGUUCAUACAGGUAGUUCACAGUGCAACCAAAAAUCUGUCACACUAAUGCACCAACAGACCUGUUUGUGUGUCUCUGAGUGGCCUGCACAGGUAUAUAAACUCAUUCAGUUUCAACUUAGCUCUUUAACUCUGUCACUGAGGCUUCUCUGUACACAUUACACCUAGUGACACCAGCUGAGUUAUAAUGCGAGGUGUUGAGGAGACAUCUGUGAAUUGUAGCUUCAGAAAAACAACCUGGGUUACACUGUCCCUCUCUAAAUGGCAUGAAGCUACGUGCACACUGAUUACCCACCACCACUGGGUUCUGAAUCUGUGGCCAACAUUUUGUGUUGCAUUUACUGCAGAGAGCACCCAAAGUAUGGCAAUGAACAGUGGCUUUGCUGUGAGAGCAUCAGCAUUCUGAAUUAAAUGUCUCGAAGGAACCUAUCCCAUGUGGCACAUUAGUGGCUUUUUUUUUUUGCUUUUUAUUUAUUUACCCAGGAGAAAUCCCAUUUAGAUAGUUACAUCACCAACAAAAAACAAAUUUAAAAAAAUGAAAUUUGCAAGCAAGUUAUGAAAAACAAGUGCAUGUUGUUGAAUCAGCCUCAAGAACUCACAGGUUGGAUUGGCUUUCAGCAAAGUGAAGUACAAAUGAAAAUAAAAUUUACCACUUCUUAUAAUAAAGCCAAUAAUAAGCCUCAGGUCAUCCUCAUGAAAAAUAUUUUCAUUAAAAGAGUUCACUCAUAGGUAUUUCUGGUCCUCAAGUGGUCAAAAAAUGCAUUUUCUGCCUUAAAUGUUGCUCCUAAACUCAUAUUCUGUUACAAAACUUCUGACAUGUAUGUGAACCGAUAAACAAAUGAAUGUAUAAAAUGUAGCUGAGUUUUUCAGAAGCCACAGUGAAAAAUUUUUUGAUGUAAAACGUUAGUGUGGAGCCCUGCUCUGUACUGCUCUCUUCCAUGGUCUAGAUCAGGGGUGCCCAACCUUUUUUGACCCAAGAUCUACUUUUCAAGUAGCCAACCUCCCGAGAUCUACCAGUCCAGUGUCAACAUCGCAAACCCACACACAUCGUUUCCAGUCUGCAGUAAAGAACCGAACAUUUUUUCUUGUUGUCACAAAACCACUCGGCAUCACAUCACAAACCCUCCCUCUCUCAAACACAGACACAAAUUCCUCUCACACAGCUGCCAGUUGCAUAGUGUGCUGUAGCACAAACCCACUCUCUGCUCCUCUUUCUCACACACACAUGUCAAUCUGCAUGGUGAGCAAUAGCCAUAACUGACCUUAAUAUGAACUAAACUGAAAAAUAAACGAGAUACAAAACAGGUAGAUCUCUGAGUUUGAAAAAAGGAAAUCCCUUCCUACCUUAGUGGGAGACCUGGCACUGGGAGGAGGAGGCCAGCUUCUCGUAGUCAGGAGUGUAGGAGCUGGUCGCAAGGCGUAGGCAGGCUGCAAGGUGGUCAUCUGUCAUUGCUGAUCUGUGCUUGGACUUGAUGAUUUUCAUGUGCGAGAAAGCAGACUCACACAAAUAAGUUGAUCCAAAAAGAGCUGUCAGGUUCAAGGCACAUCUUCUGAGAUUGGGAUAUUUCUCCUCCACCAGUAGUUUCCAGAACACCACAUGCUCUCCAGGUUGAGCGGAUGUUGAUCUGGCUUUGAUCUCAAUGUCAUUUUGCAAUGUCAGAAUCUCAUCCUCAAGAGCGGCGCUUUCCAAGUCAAAAAGUGAUUUGAUUUUGGCGGCAAUGUCACCGACAUCAAUACUUGCACCGAAUGGAUAACACAUAUAGCUGGUUCCAGGCUCGAUGGAUGCAAAGUCAGUAAAACGUCUCUCAAACUCUGAGGAGAUGCUCAGAACAUGUUCUUCAUAAAGUGCACUGUCAAGCUGUGUCACACCUUUACCUUGAUGUUGUAGUUCUGCUUGCAUGUGACGGAAGUUGUGCAGGUUACCACGCUGCAGCCUGCUGGACAUCAGCUGUAGCUGGCUUUUAAACGUGUUCAUUGAAUUCAGGCGCCCCAUCAGUUGUGAUGGAGAGAAAGCAUUAAAAAUAUCCUCACAUGUGGCGUGUCCUUUUAAUGGCAAAAUGGUGAGUAGCUCUUCCUUGGAACUCAUAUCUUCAAAAACCAUCCUGAUGAAAACACACAAUUGAGCCACAUCCACCACAUCAGUCGACUCGUCAGAUUGGAGGGAAAAACACUGACAAGCGUCAAUAUCCUUCUUCAGUUGCUCCUCCACAUCCACAUCCAGUCCCUCACAUCGCCUUGUAGUAUUAUUGCGGGAGAGUUGCACUUCUUUAAUGGCCUUCACGAUCUCAGCUUUAUUUUUAAAGUCGUCAAACAAGCUGCUGCCUCGAGAAAGGCUUCCUUCACAAUAUCGUCGUCACCGAAUGACUUCUUGUGUUUAGCAAGGCCGUGACUGACGCGAUAGGGAGCAAUAGUUGCGGCCUUAUAUCACCCUGGGUCUUCGGUUUGGUGAACACCGACUGUCGUGCUGCGAGCUGCGCUUUCAAAUCUCGCACUUUUGUGGCGCGCAAAGGCGUUUUUGUCGGGAAAUCCCUCUCGUAGCUCCCGUGUACUGUUCUAAAAUGCCGCUCCAGAUUGCCUUUCUUUGCCAACGCCACCGUUGCAUUGCAUAUCAAACAAAUAGGCUUUGAAUGAAAGUAAGCAAAGAAAUAAUCAUCCUCCCAUUCAGGGUGAAAAUGGAAGGUCUUGGCUCGUUUCCCUUCGGCCAUGUUCACGUUUAGGAGUACGUGACCGCUCUGAUGGCUAGCUGCUAGCUCCUAGCUACUGUUGACAGCUGUCAACUUCCUGGCAUGCAUGUCACGCGCUACCAUGGGUUAAACGUGACCUAAAAAAAAAACAUUUCCUACAACCCUCCCGGUUGACUUGGGAUCAGCCCGCGGUCGACCAGUAGACCGCGAUCGACUGGUUGGGCACGCCUGGUCUAGAUAAUAAACUACUGUACCCACAAUCCAUCAGUGCCACCACCUGUCACACUCUGCACUUUAAUCCUGACAUCUGUCAUCCAGUACCUGCCCGUCUUUCCUCCUUUUCAGCUUUUCCUGAAUUCCUCCUGAUUAACAUUUGAGCCUCCACAUGCUGCCUCUGAUGACGUGUCUGUGAAGCUGCUUUACCUGGAAAAGAAACUCACAUUUUCAUACUAUCAGAUGUUGGUUCCUGCUCAGAGUCUCUGCUGUGGUAAAUUCAGCCUCGUUUGUGUUUUUAGAAGUUGCUCUUCUUCUACAGUGUAAUGUGUAUGUGAAUGAAGCUAUUUAUUUAAACUGAGGUUAGUAGUUAUCAGUGUUGCCUCUCUGCAAUCAGAGGUCCAUAAUGAUAUGAGCAGGCUGCCAUCCUAAUACCCAACUGAACACAAAACCCGUCUGCACUCACAGCUCCUUUCAGACCUGUUACGUUUACGUUUGAUCACAUCUGCAGUGCAGAUAAGAUGUUUUACACUUCAAAAGAAGAAAACCAUCACUGUUCUCUUUAAAUGCAUGUUUGUAUAAUUAAUUCUUUGUGUUGAGUUGAAUAUUAGGUAUCAGUUUGGCAGCCUGCACAGACUCUCCAUGACUGAGCUUUUACUUUAUAAACACAUCUAUGAAAAAAGAAGCUUGAGUUGCCUGCUUUUCCUGGAAGUGCUUCUCCUUACCAGCCUGGAGCUUAUUUAAAAUAAAUGGAAACUUGUAUUAUUAGCUGGAUCUGCAUGCAAGUGAAAAUUUGGCAUUUAAACCCUGUGUAUCCAGAGUUCACUCACAGGUAUUUCUGGACUUCAGGUGGUAAAAAAAUGCUUUUUCUGGCUUAAAUGUUGCCCCUGUUGUUACCAUAUAAACUGACUGAUUUGGGCUGAAUUUACACAGGAGCAUCUACACUUUCCUGUGCUAGUCUGAUCCAGCUCGUUGCUCUGCAGUGGAUCAGAUGAGGUGAAAUAUUGGAUUUGCUCGAAGCACAAGAAGAAGUUAAAAUUCUGCAGGUAGUCGUGUGUGUUACUCCUUAAGUACUGUUUGUUGUGUAAGAACAUAUCACUGGAUGAAUGAGGAAUAAAAUCUAUGUGACAUUG